AGCGAAGAAGAAUUGCAUCGUCCUGAAGACAAAAUGGCCGACUCUUUCCGUAUGACGGAGCUAUUCGUAAUGCAGACACUCCACAUUACAACAUCCCGGAGCAGGAGCGACGUAGCGUGACAGCUUUGCCCGUCCUGCGAAUGAUAAUUCUUUGAAGGAUGAUGGCUCAGAGGCCUGAACGUCGUCGGAUCCAUCUCGACCAAUCACAGCUGCUUUGUACCAAAGGAUGUGAUUUUUAUGGCAACGCAGCUUGGCAGGGCUUGUGCUCCAAGUGCUGGCGAGAGGAAAACCAGCGGGAUAAGCAAAAACAGAUCCAGGAAGACUGGGCUCUCGCUGAGAGGUUGCAGAGAGAGGAAGAGGAAGCCUAUGCGAGCAGAUCUCAGAAGGCCCAGCCGCAGCCUGCUGUCACACCUUUCAACAAGUUUGAGGAACGGAAGACCAAGGAAAAGUCGAGCAAGGUCAACACUGUCGCCAAGUUUUUCGCGCCCUCCAUCAAAAUACCACCCAAAAAAGAUGCCACCACCUCUUUGGAUGCUCAGUCCAGCCCGAGCUCCUUCCCCACAUCGAGCCGACCCUCCUCCGCGGACACCGACCGCGCGACCAGGGAGUUCAUCGAUUUCCUCAAGCCUCUGAAAUACGGCCAGCAGAUCUUUAAACAGUGUCGAGCCUUCACGGAGAGCAUGGCCUACAAGCGGGACAUGGGUGCGGAGGACAUGUCCGAAUGCGUUCAGGACUUCUACCAGUCUCUCUCGGAGCGCCUUCAUACUCAAUUCAAAGGCUCGUCCGAGUACAUCGAGGGCAUCAUGGACCAAGUGGAGAGAUAUAUCACGACGCGUUUGUACAAGGAAGUGUUUUGUCCGGAAACGUCCGACGAUGAGAAGAAAGACCUGGCAGUACAGAAUAGGAUCAGAGCCUUGCACUGGGUCACCAUUGAGAUGCUGGGUGUUCCCGUCGAUGAGGAGAUCCCCGAGGCUUCCGACAGCGUGGUUAAAGCCAUCACGGACGUGGUCGAAAUCGAUUCCAAGCGAGUGCCCAAGGACAAGCUGGCGUGCAUCACGCGCUGCAGCAAGCACAUCUUCAACGCCAUCCGCAUCAGCAAGAAGGAGGCGGCGUCGGCGGACGACUUCCUGCCCACGCUCAUCUAUAUCGUGCUGAAGGCCAACCCACCGCGCCUUCAGUCCAACAUUCAGUACAUCACUCGCUUCUGCAACCCCAGCAGGCUCAUGACCGGAGAGGAUGGCUACUACUUCACUAAUCUGUGUUGCGCCUUGACCUUCAUUGAGAAACUGGAUGGCAAGUCACUCAACCUGACCGCUGAGGAGUUUGACCGUUACAUGUCUGGGGGGUCCCCCAACCGGCCCCAGGCGGGCGGCGCCGCCGCGUUCAUCCAGGUGCACAAGCGCCUGGACCUACUGACUGGCCUCGGCGAGCGGCAGGAGCUCGUCAUGGAGCGGGCGCGGCAGCUGGAGAGCGACCUCAUCGACUGGACGGACGAAGUGGAGCAGAACGUGCAGAGCGUCCUGGAGACUUUUGAGGCGCGGAGCCCUCCCGCCGCCGCCGGCGGCAGCGCGGCGACGGGCGCGCCGGCGGCCGCUUCGGCUAUCGACUCUGAUAACGUUGAGAAUGAGCACCUGCCACCGCCGCUGACGCCGCAAGUGUUUGCCGGCUGAUGCACGAGGAACUACGCCACUCAUCCAUCCAUCCUUCCUUCCAUUCAUUCAAAUUGAAAGGCCUGAAACCCCUUCGAAUGGACGGUAUGAGUAAUCCAUCAUGAUUAGGUCACACCUAUUAUUCGUUCUGAGAAAAGAGUUGCUCUUUUCCAAGCACUUUAAUGAUUUUAAACAUUAUUUCAUUAAGGAUAGUGCAGACACUGUUGUCAGGUGUGCCCUGUAGCAGCGGCAUCCGUUUGGACAUUGCGUGUAUAAUAUUUAGAUUUUAAUCAAUUUCUUAUAGCUCUUUUCUAGCCAUGUAUGAUCUGGUGUUUUUUUUGUUUUGUUUUGACAUGAGGCUUUACAAUUUAAUUUCUUGGAGUAGGUUAAAGCACUGUAGAAGCUGGAAGAGGCUUUCACACACUGGCCACAACAUUAAGUACACACACUCGCACAAUCUUUUGAGGUUCAUUAUCAGAACUGAAUCUAAAGAUGGCCUUUACAAAUAUGAUCAUGCUCACUUUUGAUCAUCUUAGUCAUUAUUGUGUAUUACGUUUAGUGGAGUAUUAUAUUUUUGUAAAUGUGAAUUAUAUUUAAUGGGGUGGCCAAGUGAGUGUACGGAGAAGUUUAAAACAUCCUCAUAGGUUUGUUACCGUUAGGAGUCAAUACUGUCCUUAUUUAAGAAUAACUUAUUGGGAAAAAUUGUGUGUGAGCAUGUGUGUGUGUGUGUGUGUUAAGCGAUGAUGACUAAUAAAAGCUGAGAGCAGAACGCCUGUCAA